AUGGAAAAUUUAAAUAUAAAUAAUUACGGAGAAAAAAGUGGCAAAGACGACAAAUCUGACAGAGGGUUUGAGUCGACGGAAGCAAUGGGACAGUCAAUCGUGGAAGAUGUGGUGAAUGACGUGUUUAAACGGAGAGAUUCUAUCCAAAGGACACCCCCCAACGUUAGGUUAGAUAAGGAAGAUAUGGAUAACCUGAGUACGUUUAACGUAAUGGAGAGGGAUUCUGUAGCCUCAGAAUCGGGUUCAGAGUCUCUAGGUCUGGAAACUCCUACGCCAGAAUGGGAAGGAUCUUUAGCUUUUGAUAGCGAGUUGUAUAAGCUGACAGGUCAUGGGUCCAGCAAUGAUAACGAGGAACGGCCAUUGAAGAAGGAGGUACAGGCGACCUCCCCAAAAACAGACGUGGCUGAUCUGCUGAUAUCAGCAAGCAAGGUAGCUGAGAGGAACACAAAUACAAAGAAAGAAAUUAAGAACGCUAUUAAAUACCUAGCGAGGGAGGUAAAAAAACUCUCCACAGUCACGGAAAGGGCCGCAGAACUAGUUCGGGGAUCUGCAAACAAACCAGUUACGCAUGAGAUAGAAACUCAAACCGAAGAGUCGUGUACAGAUGUACAGACUAAAGAUAUGGCGAUACAGGUAAAUGAAAAUAGUAAAAUAACAAAAGAUGACGUAGAUAAGGAGGGAGCAGAGGGAACAUGGGAAAGCACUAAGCUAAUGUGCGAAAAGGACUGGGAGAGAGAAGCCUACCAGACCAAAAUAUAUAGAGGAAACCCAGCCAUUCUUCCAGGGGAUGCAGAUACGGUGGUGAUGUUAGACCCAGAGGGAGAAAAUGGGAGUAUAAACAUCACAGGGCAGCAGGCCAUAAGGGAGAUAAUCCAAAUGAAAAAAAUAAAGAAAGUAGGGGUGGCGAAGCUACAAGACAGAACGGAACUGACUAUGGAUGGCCAAGUCAUGUCAAAAAAGGCCGGGCAGGCAAUAUAUUUGGCAGGUGUAAGCCUAAAGGAUGAAGACGACUAUAGACUACUCAGAACCAUAAGAAAUAAAGUGGAGACUGGAGAAGGAGGAAAGAUUGUAAUCAUGGCGGACCCCAGAGUGCUUAACGCAAGGUUCAGAAAAAUAGUGGAGUGUUCCCUCAGGGGUGCCGCGGAAGAAGUAAUACUAUACGAUAUGGGCACGCAACUAGUUGAGGAGGGGGAGAAAUGGGCAGCCAUAACAAGGAAAAAGAAACAGAAGACACCGGCGAUUAUGAUCACAAACAAAGAGAAAACGUACGAGGAUAUCCUAAGAGACCUAAAAACAAAAACAAAAACAAGGAUAAGGAAAACUAGUGAGCGAGAGGAGAGGUAUUACACCCCCGGCGACGGCGUGAUCAGAGAAAACUCUGCUGAUGAGGAAUCAGGCGCCUCAGGAACGACUGAAACAGGCGAAGACAUCCCCACCCCAGAAUGGGAGGGAACAUCUUUUGGAAGUCCACUAUAUAGACUAACAGGACGACAGCAACAGAACCAGAAUGAUACCACUCUCGUAGGAAGCGAUGAGUCUAAAGAUCCGCAGGCUAUAGUCCUAGAUACAUCAAGCGACGAAGAAUCUGAGGAGAUGAGUAAAAGAAAGAGGGGAAGCACUGGAUCAACCCCAGAGGGAACAGAAAAAGAGGGAAAAAGGAUAAAAGCCGAGUACACGGAUCAAGAGAAGGCCAUGAAGGAACUGGAGGAAAGUAUAAAAAUGAUCGAAGAGAAGGUAGACUCUCUAGUUGAACUAGUAAAGCGAAACCAGAACACCAAGGUUGAAAUCAAGAAUGGCAUAAGAGGUAUGGAACAGCUAACUAGAAGGACGAAAAUAAGAUUGGAGGAAGUGCGGAAGCUAACCACCACUCUAGACAAGUCAGCUAAAGAGGCGGCAAAGCCAGUAACGUCUAAGGCAGGUACCCAAACAGACGCGUGGCACAACGGCGUCAGGACCCUGAGAGAGGAGGAUCUGAAGGAUAUUAACGAACUCUCAGAGCUCACAAGUAUUGAGAACCUAAUAUGGCCGGAUGACGUAUAUACAAACUCGAAAGUAAUAGUUGGAGAUCCGCUAGGUACCGAAGAUGGAACUGUUCGCGUAGUCAUGGUAGAGCCUAAAGACCCCGAUAUGCAAGCCAGCAUUCAAAAGAUGUUUAAAGACAAGUACCCAGAGCUAGCGGACUUGACCGACCCCUUUGAGGUAUGGUAUUAG